CUUUGGUGGUGAUACUGCUGCUGAGCUGGAUCGGGAACUGCUGCCCUCACAGCGCCCACUGGGCACUAUGUCCAAGGACCUGAGAAUUCUGUGCAGCGACUCCUCCCUGGAGCAGAGCGAGUACCAGGAGCAGCUGUUUAGUAGCAACGACGAUGAGCGUGAAAAAUUACUGAUGGAAAGCUCCACACUGUAUGUGGGGAAUCUUUCCUUUCAUGCAACCGAAGAGCAAAUAUUUGAGCUCUUUAGUAGAUGUGGUGAUGUCAAGAAUGUUUUUAUGGGCCUGGAUAAAAUAAAGAAAACGGCAUGUGGUUUCUGUUUUGUAGAAUACUAUAACAGAGCUGAUGCCAAAAAUGCCAUGCGAUUCCUAAAUGAGACCCACCUAGAUGACCGUAUUAUCCACAUAGUUUGGGAUAUAGGCUUUAGAGAGGGCAGACAAUAUGGCCAUGGCCAAUCUGGGAGCCAGGUAAAAGAUGAAUUUUGUGAAGAGGAGGCUUUGGAAAACAGGCUCAGGUCUGUGGUAGGAGAGGAAUCCACUAGAGAAACACCUGCAACUCUAGCCCCUAAAAAAAUAAUUAAAGAACAAUACCAGGUCAGCAAAUAG